CCUAGGUAUCGGCAGCGGCAGCGACUUUGCCAGCUUCCAACAUGUGCUCGGUGUACCCUGUAUGGACAUGUUCUACACCGCUGCCCCGGAGGCUGUGGUACCAUUUAGCGUUCAUCUCUACGGGGAGUUCCUGACGGAGGCGCUGCUAGACUUAGAAGCGGCAUACGAAGACCUUCUAAACCAGACCCAGCCCCUGCUUAAUCAUCUUCGAGAGGCGGUUUCGAACUUCAGCGCCGUCACUACCAACUGGACGGCGAAUCUCGUCUCUCUGCAACUGGACGAUCCUAUGGCGGUGAGGGCAGCCAAUGAUGCUCAGAUGAUGCUGGACCGAGCCUUCCUGGACCCACGAGGCCUGCCCGGCAGACACCACUUCAACCACGUCGUCAUGGCGCCAAGCAGCAGCAACACGUACGCCUCACAGAGCUUCGCGGGGCUCCAGGACUUGCUGGCUGACUUGCCGUAUCUACCGCCCGAUGAGCAGGCGAUUCGCUGGCGCCAGAUAAACGAACACCUGGCUGCCGUCAUCCACCUCAUCCGUGCAGCAGCCAACACCCUCACCGGGGAGCUGUGGUGAUGAUGUGGUAGUGACUGAGGACGGACGUUAUGUCUUUAGUGUAGGGAUGUUUCUGUAGCUACUUUGUUGGGAUGUGAUGUCUCUGAUAAUGACUUUUGUGUGGUAGUGAUGAUGUCUCUGCUGGUGACUCGGUGGUGGUGGUAUGGUGUGUCAUUAUAGAGGAGCGAAGUGUUAGUGGUGAUGGGAUGUGGUGGUAUUGGGGUUUCCAGCUGAUGUGUAGAUGCUGUGAAGUGGUGUAAUGCUGAUCAUGAGGGUGAUGCAGUGCGUUUGAGGUGCCAUUCUAAUAGUAUGAGGGGCUAUAAUUAGAAUUGAAGGCGUUUAUUAACGAGUACCUAUGUGUAUUAAUUUAUUUAAUCAAUCAAUCAAUGAGGGCAUACGCCGGGGGAGCGCGUCGCUUCUCCCACCCUACGAAGCCUAGUCCGGGGUCCGUUAAAUAGCGGUAAAGUAAAAUCUUUCACAUAUAAAUUUCCAUGUGUUAAUAUCAACGUUGGGGGAGACUAAAAGUGGCUUGUGAUCAGGUAAUUUUUUUUUUUUUUUUGCCUGUUGCACCGGUAGACUAUCUUGAUGGGGCCUGGUGGUCGGCCCCAGCUCGUUUGUGGUUCAGGCAAGUGUUUAGAGUGGCGCAUCUUGUUUGGCUCAUACUGCCGAAACUCAUCUUUGUUUCAUUGUAGAGAGUUUGGCUGGAGUCCGGGUUGAUAAGUGGUCUACAGGACAGCAUGUAGGUAGUUUUCAGCCACUCGGCAUUGACUGAAAAUUGCCAGUUUAUAGCGACGGGAAGGGCUAGAACACGGGUCUUCCAGGGCACCACGCCCGCACGCUGAUAACUCAGCCACCGCCUUCCCUUAUCAACGUCACCUGUUCCAGUGCACGAGAGUGUAACUCAAUUUAUAAAUUUGUCAUCGUGGAGGAUAUUAAGCACAUAUAUUAGACUUCCUUUGAUCUGCACCUUUGCGUUGGUUAUG